GUCUCAUUUAUCGUGCGAUAAAUAAAAAUAAUCUAACAAGAAAGAAGUGUUAAAAUAUGUACAUUUGAACAACAAUGCUUAUCUACGACCAUGAAAUUUGACGUUUAGCAGCAAAAUCAGGCGAAUUUGGAACGGUAUGAAAAAAGAUAGAAAGUGUAAACACACGUGGAGGGAUACGGAUAAGUGGACAAAGACAGGAAAACAAGCGACCAUAAAAACGUGCAGAGACCUCCCGCUGUUUAGUUCGUCCUCCCAUCGACAUGUCUCGUUUGAGUUUCAAUGAAAUAAAGCAGUUCGAAGACACGACGAACGAUGCAGACAUAAUCAAAAGUAUCAUCGAUACGGAGUGCAAAGAGGAACCAUUCUAUAUUCUCGAUGUGGCCGAUGUGAUAGAAAAACAUAAAGAUUGGAUCAGUAAAAUGCCAAGGGUUACACCUCACUACGCCGUCAAGUGUAAUCCGGAUCCCACGGUGAUCAAAAUCUUGGCAGCUAUGAAUGCCAGUUUCGACUGCGCCUCCGAGCAAGAAAUAAGACAGGUGAUGAAAUACGGUGUGAUAGCUGAACGGAUUAUCUUCGCGAAUCCAGCUAAAUGCCCGUCUCACAUCAAGUUUGCCAAGAAGAUGAACGUCGACAAGAUGACAGUCGACAGCGAGAUAGAACUGCUCAAGAUCAAUGACCUUUUUCCGGAGGCGAAAAUAGUGAUUCGUAUUCGUUGCGAUGCCAAGGUUACGCAAAUACCGCUUGGUUCGAAAUUUGGCUGUGAUCCGGGCGAAGAGGCUGUACGGUUGAUACAAUUCACUAAAAGUCUCGGGUUAACUUUGCACGGCUUCAGUUUUCAUGCUGGCAGUCCGUGCGGUGAAUUGAAAGCUUAUAGUAGAGGUAUUGCAAUGUGCAAAAGACUGGUAGCCAUAGCCAGAACAAUCGGUUGCAACGAUGUACAACUGAUCGACAUUGGGGGUGGUUUUCACGGGGAAACAGGAUCGUGUAUAGAUAAACUCUCUAGUGUCAUCAAUGAUGCCAUUUUAGACAUCGAUCCCAGUAUUACAAUCGUCAGUGAACCAGGACAAUAUUACGUGGCAUCCGCGUUUACUCUCGCCUCCUAUUUGCAUACGAAGAAAAUUGUCCCCCGUGGAGAGAAAAUGAUCAGAAUGUAUUAUAUGAAUUGUGGAGUGUAUAAUUCAUUUGUAGAGGAGCUGUUGAAUUUCAAAUCAAGAAUACCAAUUCCAUUGUACAAGCCAACGAGCGACGAGAAAUUUCUUUCCUUCGUUUGGGGUCCAACUUGUGAUUCUUUGGAUUGUAUAGUGAAGGAUGUGCUUUUGCCAGAAUUUCACAUUGGUGAUUGGUUGAUUUGGAGAGAUAUGGGAGCCUACAGUAUAUCCCUCUGCUGUCCAUUUAAUGGUUUUUCCGCACCCCAAGUCUAUCCAAUUAUAAGAGAUAGUCAAUGGAAGUCGUUCACCAGCUACAUCAAUGCAGGACAGAAAUCACAGAAGCCUAUCAGCUGGAAGAAUGGAGUAGAGAAUGCAUUUAUUAAAACAAGCUGAUAAUGAUAUCAGUCUAAGGUUAUUACAGUAUCGUACUUAUUUCCUGCAAUGCUAGAUUAUGCAGCUAAGGUUAUUUAUAGAAUUAUUUCAAGUCCGAAACGUCCAAGUUUAUUACUCUCUGCAUUUCCUCGUUUACGUUUAUCUCCUUCUAAAGCGGAAAUCCCAGAGGAAACUUGGACGUUCUGCAUUAAAACUUUGGUACGACAAGUUUUAUAAAUAGAACGUACUAUUCAUUGAGUCAGUUGAAUGCAUUUAGCAAAGAGACCUAUGGACUUGUAAAUAUCGCUACAAAAAACAACAGAAAUUACGAAUGCGAAUGGGUAUUACGUUCUCAAAGAAUGAAUAAUUAAUAGUAUUUUAUAUACUUUUAUUACGUACAGGUAGAAUUUCACGUAAGAAAAUAAACUGUUCAUUUGUUAAAUUAUCGUGUUGCGUUACCUCGUCUUGAAUAAAUAAAUAUCCUGUUAUUGUUCUGAGUCACUCGAUGUAACAUUCAGCCCAUUCCAUCUGUAGAAAGAAUUAUACGUAAUUAAAUUCAUUGAAAUACAAGUUUAUAUCAAUUUA